GCCAGCCCGGGACCAGGGCUGGGCGCUGCAAGGCAGCGGCGCCGGCGGCAGAGGCGACAGCGAGCGCCCGCUCUCCGACGCCCCCAGGCGGUGGGGCUGAGAGAGCCCGAGGAUGGCUCCGAGCGCUGACCCGGGCAUGUUCAGGAUGGCUUUGCUCCUGCUGCCGCUGUGGCUUCUGCCUCUCUCUGGGGGAUCCCAGAGGGCUGAGCCCAUGUUCACUGCAGUCACCAACUCAGUCCUGCCCCCCGACUAUGACAGCAACCCCACCCAGCUCAACUAUGGAGUGGCAGUGACAGAUGUGGACCAUGAUGGGGACUUCGAGAUCGUUGUGGCAGGGUACAACGGCCCCAACCUGGUGUUGAAGUACGACCGAGCCCAGAAGCGGCUAGUGAACAUUGCAGUGGAUGAGCGCAGCUCACCCUACUACGCCCUGAGGGACCGGCAGGGGAAUGCCAUUGGGGUCACAGCCUGUGACAUUGACGGGGAUGGCCGUGAGGAAAUCUACUUUCUCAACACCAAUAACGCCUUCUCAGGUGUGGCCACGUACACAGACAAGUUGUUCAAGUUCCGUAAUAACCGGUGGGAAGACGUCCUAAGUGAUGACGUCAAUGUGGCCCGUGGAGUGGCCAGCCUCUUUGCCGGACGCUCCGUGGCCUGUGUGGACAGGACGGGCUCCGGACGAUACUCCAUCUACAUCGCUAACUAUGCCUAUGGUGAUGUGGGGCCUGAUGCGCUCAUUGAAAUGGACCCUGAGGCCAGUGACCUGUCCCGGGGGAUCCUGGCCCUCAGGGAUGUGGCUGCUGAGGCAGGGGUCAGCAAGUACACAGCGGGCCGGGGUGUCAGCGUGGGCCCCAUUCUCAGCAACAGUGCCUCAGAUAUCUUCUGUGACAAUGAGAACGGACCCAACUUCCUCUUCCACAAUCAAGGCAAUGGGACAUUUGUGGAUGCUGCAGCUAGUGCUGGUGUGGAUGACCCUCACCAGCAUGGGCGAGGUGUGGCCCUGGCGGACUUCAACCGUGACGGCAAAGUGGACAUCAUCUAUGGCAACUGGAAUGGCCCACACCGCCUCUAUCUGCAGAUGAGUGCUCACGGGAAGGUCCGAUUUAGGGACAUUGCCUCACCCAAGUUCUCCAUGCCCUCUCCGGUCAGAACUGUCAUUGUUGCUGACUUCGACAACGACCAGGAACUGGAAGUCUUCUUCAACAACAUUGCCUACCGCAACUCUGCAGCCAAUCGUCUCUUCCGUGUUAUCCGCAGGGAGCAUGGGGACCCCCUCAUCGAGGAGCUCAAUCCUGGUGACGCUCUAGAGCCUGAGGGCCGAGGUACAGGGGGCGUGGUGACCGACUUCGACGGAGAUGGCAUGCUGGACCUCAUCUUGUCACACGGAGAGUCCAUGGCUCAGCCACUGUCUGUCUUCCGGGGAAAUCAGGGCUUCAGCAACAACUGGUUGCGUGUGGUGCCUCGCACCCGGUUCGGGGCCUUCGCCAGGGGCGCCAAGGUUGUACUCUACACCAAGAAGAGUGGGGCGCACCUACGGAUCAUUGAUGGGGGCUCCGGCUACCUAUGUGAGAUGGAGCCUGUGGCACAUUUUGGCCUGGGAAGGGAUGAAGCCAGUAGUGUGGAGGUGACGUGGCCAGAUGGCAAGAUGGUGAGCCGCAGUGUGGCCAGCGGGGAGAUGAACUCAGUGUUGGAGAUCCUCUACCCCCGGGAUAAGGACAAACUUCAGGACACAGCCCCACUAGAGUGCGGACAAGGAUUCUCCCAGCAGGACAAUGGCCAUUGCAUGGACACCAAUGAAUGUAUCCAGUUCCCAUUCGUAUGCCCCCGAGACAAGCCCGUGUGUGUCAACACCUAUGGAAGCUACAGGUGCCGGACCAAUAAGAGAUGCAGUCGGGGUUUUGAGCCCAAUGAGGAUGGCACAGCCUGUGUGGAACCUGCCAUGCGCUCCUUCAAGUGGACAGCAGGGGUGGCCAUCUUUGAAAAGGGAAGUUUGGGAGAUACUGGUGCGACCCUAGUUGUCUGUGAAGCCUUCCUUUGCAUUUUUACUGAGAAAACAGAAAAGGAAAGUAUCUCCUCUCCACUCCAUCCUUCAUUCCUUCCGAAGAGCCAAGACAGUCCAGUCAGUUCUGUAUCUUUGUGAGCUUCUUAUUUUGCCCUUAACAAAGAUGGCUCCCAGGUGGUUGCUUGCUCAGCUGAUUCAGUAAUGUAUCAUGUGCCUGCUCAUUCGGCCUGUGCUGUUGCUGCUUGUACAACCUGAUUUCCUGUGAUUAUGAAAGCCUUAUUGGGUUGGUGGGGAUGAUGGGAAGGGAAAGGGUGGCCCUUUGGG